AUGGCCAGCCAGUCGCAGGGCAUCCACCAGCUCCUCCAGGCAGAGAAGAGGGCCAAGGACAAGCUCGAGGAAGCCAAGAGGAGAAAAGUCAAGCGACUGCGCCAAGCCAAGGAGGAAGCGAUGGUAGAAACCGAUCAGUACAGGAUGCAGCGAAAUGAGGAGUUUCGACAGAAACAGGCGAAGAUAAUGGGCUCUCAGAGUAAUGUCUUAGAAGAAAUCGAAGUGCAAACCCUAGGGAAGAUAAAAGAACUAAAUGCAAGCUACAGCGCGUCCAUGGAAAGCGUGAUCAAUGAGCUUUUAAGCAUCGUCUGUGAUGUCAAACCAGAAAUCCACGUGAACUACAGAAUCACCAACUAA